AUGCAUAUCUCAGCAAAACUUCAGGCCGCCGCCAAGGAGAAGAAGUCGACCUACUCGUUCGAAUUCUUCCCUCCCAAGACGGCCCAGGGUGUGCAGAACCUCUACGACCGCAUGGACCGCAUGCACAACUUUGGUCCUUCCUUCAUCGACAUCACAUGGGGAGCAGGUGGCCGACAUGCCUCGCUCACCUGCGAGAUGGUCAAGGUUGCCCAAACCGUCUACGGUCUCGAGACCUGCAUGCACUUGACUUGCACCGAUAUGCCCAAGUCAAAGAUCGACGAGGCUCUGAAGGAGGCUCACGAUGCUGGCUGCACAAACAUCCUUGCCCUUAGAGGUGACCCGCCGCGUGAAAAGGAGAAGUGGGAGGCUACCAGUGGAGGCUUCAGAUACGCAAAGGAUCUCGUCAAGUACAUCAAGGAGACCUACGGCGACCACUUUGACAUUGGUGUUGCUGGUUACCCUGAGGGCUGCGACGACAAUGACGACCCCGAGGAGCUGAUCUCGCACUUGAAGGAAAAGGUUGACCUCGGUGGCACUUUCAUCGUCACCCAGAUGUUCUAUGAUGCCGAUAUCUUCCUCGACUGGGUCAAGAAGGUCAGAGCCGCUGGCAUUGAUGUUCCCAUUGUUCCUGGCAUUAUGCCCAUCUCCACCCACGCUGCAUUCCUGAGACGCGCCAACUGGUCGAACAUCCACGUCCCACCUCACUGGCACGAGGCCCUGGAGCCUGUAAAGAACGACGAUUCCGCUGUCAGAGACGUUGGCACUGGUCUGGUUGUUGAGUUGUGUCGCAAACUCCUCGAUAACGGCAUUUUGCAUUUGCAUUUCUACACCAUGAACUUGGCGCAGUCCACCCGUAUGAUCUUGGAAGAGCUCAGCAUCACUCCUUCGCAAGAGGAGCCCCUCGAAAAGCCUCUUCCCUGGAGGCAAUCCCUUGGUCUCAACCGUCGUGAAGAGAACGUUCGUCCCAUCUUCUGGCGCAACCGCAACCGUUCCUACAUUGCUCGUACCCAAGACUGGGAUGAAUUCCCCAACGGUAGAUGGGGUGACAGUAGAUCUCCCGCUUACGGAGAAUUGGACACGUACGGUAUUGGUCUCAAGGGUACCAACGAGCAGAACCGCAAGCUUUGGGGAGAGCCCAAGUCCUUCCGCGACGUGGCCAAACUCUUCGCCAACUACAUGCAAGGCAAGGUCGAGUCGCUGCCUUGGAGCGAAAGCCCUAUUACCGACGAAGCCGAUGCUCUUCGUCUUGACCUGAUCGACCUCAACCAGCGCGGUCUUUUGACUAUCAACUCGCAACCUCCUGUGGAUGGUGCCAAGUCAAGCCACCCUGUGUACGGUUGGGGUCCCCGCAAUGGAUACGUCUACCAGAAGGCUUACCUCGAGGUCUUGGUUUCACCUGAACUCAUCUCCGAGCUUAUCACUCGCAUGGAGCGCAACCCCAACAUCACAUACUUUGCCGUCAACCAGCACGGUGACUUGAAGACCAACUCUCCCGACGAAGGUCCCAACGCUGUCACCUGGGGUGUCUUCCCUGGCAAGGAGAUUGUGCAGCCUACUAUCGUAGAGACUGUGUCCUUCCUUGCUUGGAGAGACGAGUUCUACCGUCUCGGAUCCGACUGGGCUCGUUGCUAUGACGCCACUACUCCUUCCCGGUAUGUCAUCAACGACUUGAUGCAGGAAUGGUACCUUGUCAACAUCGUUAACAACGACUUCCGCGAGCAACGUGGUAUCUUCCCUCUCUUCGAAGGCCUUGAGGUCCCCGAGUUGGACAAGGAGAUCAAGGCGCCCGAGGUUUCUCAGCAGACCAAUGGCACCACCAAUGGUGAUAAGCAUGGCGAAGAGAAGAAAGAGGAACCAAAGAUUGCUAACGGCGAUGUCACCGAUACCAAGAUUCCCGACAGCGUGCACAAGAAGCUGGAGACUCAGAUCAACGGUGCCGAUGAAAAACCGGAUACCGAGCCCAAGGAUGCACCUGCGCACAAUACCGGUGCUGGACCCUCUGUCGAUGUCUAA